CAGCCUGAAGAUAAAGCGUUUCCCUCUGUCGUUGCCUGCGAGCCAGGGAGAGAACAAACGAGAGAAGCCAGCGAGAGAGCGAGGGAGAGGAAUACAGGCUGCCUGCUGUUACUGUGUCUCCCGGCUUUCCUUGGAUCGACAGGCCGCGACUCAAAUGCGCACACAGAGGAUUCAUACACACACCCACAGCUGAUCAGAGGAUCGCCAAGCCCUGCAGGCACACACAGACGCGCUCUUGCUCUCUCCUCAGCUGCACACGCACACACAUUUCGCUUCUCUCCCGGGAGCACCGUAUAAAUUGGAUCAAUCCAACCAUGCCUGUCUGACGGGGACCUUGUUCUCCCUUCAUCCGGAUCCCCCUCUCCUCCUCCAUCUCCCUCUAUAACCAGCCAAGGACCUCCAGACUACCGGGCUUAUCCUCUGCCUUACCCAGUCAGCUGCUCGUUUGCCGGCAGCGUCAGGGGGACAGCUAUAGCUGGGGACACUGGACCUACCCUCACAAAGUCUAACCCAGCCUCCUGUAGCCUAGCCUCCUGUAGCUUAGUCCAGCCCAGCCACCACUGGUAAUUCGAUCGACCAGACCAGGGGAGACGAGUGGAGAGGGAGUGCAUGUUUAACCAACCACCUGUCUAUCUGCUUGGUUGUCUGCAACCAGACCCUUUUUGCGUGCACUCCUGUGGACUCCUACUGGGAACACAUACAGACCUGGAUGAGUGUGACGCUUAUAUACUGGAGCAGUGUCGCGACGAAGACUGCAGCAGGGAUAACGGAAAAAGCCUGCCUGGCUGAGAGACGGUAACAAGGAUGGAGACGGACUGAGGGGUUAGUGAUUGGAUAGCACCAGCCACUAGCACGAUCUCCCAGCAAUCCUUUGUGGGAGGGAGGAUAAGAUAAAGGCUGCUAUCCAGGGGGGAGCCACGUGACGUCUGGAAAGCUAAAGGGGGUGAUCUCUACUCCCUAACGCGACGUGCUCUGGAUUUUAACCUGGUACAGUACCAGAGACAAAACUACAGGAACCACUACCAGAGUUGUCUGUCUUUUCUAUGAUUGCAGUCACUUGAAGGAUUGUCGAAGAAGGAUAAUGCGGGAACGCCUAGAGUUCAGUAGCUCAUCGCCUCUCUUCCUGGUCCCAUGGUUACCCGUAUCACCUGGAGUCUUCCAAGUCGGCGCCGCAACGUCGACUAACGCUCAUCAAACCAGGAGGAUUCCUUCGUACUAAGACGACAGAGAUCUCUGUGGUUAACGACCGUGUGAACUGAAGGUAAUCAAGCAUCGCGUGACACAGCGACUCCAUGAACGGGGGGGGGGGAUGGCGAGGGAGUCUGAGCCGCCGCCGUCGUCAAGGCUCUGAUUUGAGGUUUUCAACACGCUGCCGGUGUGUUGGCUGACCGUCCGCGAUCGCCCACCUCCAAUCUGGAUAGUGGAUCCUAGCAUGCUGCCGCAGCAGAAUGGGACACUACCAGCUGCUUCAGCGCUAAUGCUAUCACGGCUACUACUAUGAAUGUUGUUGACCAUUAAGGAGCUGACGGCAAUAUAAUUAUCGUAGGAGCGGAGAGGUAUUAAUAAUAUAUGAUUCUGGAUACUUGGAGGCGAGCCUGGAUAAAGUCCUUGGAUUACAGUACCACCGGAACGACAGGGAAAAUAAAUGACAAACAAACUGCGUGUGUGUGUGCAGGGUUGCGGAAACAGAGCAGAAUUGCAGAUGACCUGACUUGUUUGUGUUUGUUGUUGUUGUUGUUUUCGCUGCCGAGCGACUGGUAUGAUUGUGCACUGAGUCGGACACACUGCAUGUGUGAGUGUGUGUCUGCACUGCAGCUCCCUCGCACCACACACUCUAAGAAAUUGCAGAUAUGAGAUGAGACGAGCGCUGAUUCCAUCGCAGGCAACGCCGGAGACCCCACGGACUACUCGAACACACUCCGACAUUGUGUGUGUGUGUUAAACGACUGAUUGGCUGAAAUGGACACAUCUGCAGUGCUCUGACUCACCGUCUCCUAGCCUCCUUCAACAUGUAGUAUGUAUGAGCCACAUUGACUUACGUUCUCACCAGCCAAACCUUAGAUGAUUUGAACUACCAAAGCCUGAGCCAAAUCGAUUUCUCUCUUUCGCUGUGCUGAGUCUACUGACAUGUUUCUGCCUCAGUUGUCCUUGAAGUGAGUGCUGGGACCCUGCUGGGAUGUCCGUGACCUGCCCAUAGAGGUGGGGGCCUCGGAGAGCGAGCCAGAGCAGCUAGGGCUGACCGCGGUGUUGCCUGAGCCUGUGUGAGGUGAGGCAACAGCUGCAGAGAGAAGAGGAGGGGGAGGGAAGACGGGCAGAGGAGCGCCCACGGAGAGACGAGAGCUGUAACACGCAAGCCUGCAGCAAGCACCUCGGCCGAGUGGACUGAACCAGACACUGAGAAGGUGACGGGAGCCCACGUCCUCGCGCUAUCAUUCUGUCAUUUUUCUAUGCUCCUGGCAAGCAACCAGAUCUAAACCGGCUGUCGCUAACGUCACACCGACAGCAGGUGUCACCUUGGUAUCAGAUUCGUCUGUCACUCUGCUACUCUCAUCUGCCUGUCCACCUGAGCGCCUCUGUUUUGCUUUCUAUUUUUGCCGCCCCUUCCCUUCCCUCCUUCAUUCACUGUCUAUCUGAGAUGGGAAGCUCCAUGGGUUGUGUGAGGCCUCCUAGGGAGGGAGGACACGGCUUCCCCCCACUGUCCCCCAACCCCAAACGACGCCUCCGCUUCCGGCGGAAACGCAAAGGAAAGAAGCACCAGAAAGGAGGGUCGUCGGUAGGCUCGGAAGUGGAAAGCAUAAGGAUAAGCAACAUACCAGAGGAAGAGGAUGAGGAGGAAGAGGACAAAGGGACUGUCACGGAGGCAACCACAGCGUCGUUCAAAACGAUGAGUGACGCCGGAGCCAAAAUCACCAAUUUAACCGUGCCUCAGGCUCAAACUCAAUCCAGACUGCCCCUGCCCAGUGCUCUCUGUGCUGACUCCACGAGUGACAGCAUGGGGGGGUUGGGUGGUAGCAGAGUGCUGGAACUGUCCCCUGAGCCAAGCCCAGUGUGGAGAAGGCUGUCCUACCCCGGAGCUGGGAGUGAGGAAGGGGGGACGAGCAGUACCAUAGAUGCCUCAAGCAGCCAAGGGCAACCCAGUGAGAACCCCACCCCAGACAACCCUGACAAUCCUGACCCAGCUGUCCCAUCCCAGGUGCACACCACCCCUGGCGGGGGCCAGGUCUGCAAAGUCAGGGAGCGAGAACAAGGGGUCCUGGAGAGGCCUUGCAUAGUGAGACCCAAGGAAGAAAGGGAAAGAGAAAAGGAGGAGAAAGAGGUGGAGGAUGAAGGUGGGGGCGGGGUAGCAGGGACGCUGGGGGUUGCUUUAAACACCCCUCCGGAAAAGGAGCGCAAAGGGGUGGUCCACAUUCGUGAGGUGGGGGGCUUGCUGUGUGUUGUAAGGACAGUCUACCCCAGUGACUUUGGGUCCCCAGUUUGGAGAGGGGACAGUUACCAUGACAACGAGGUAGAAGUAGAGGUACGUGCCGAACCUCCAGCCGCAUCCCCAGUGACUGGGAACAUCCUCAAAGUACAGCUUUCUGAGGAGGACAUCAUGAGAGCCAAAAUUGACGCCUCCUGUAUCAAUGAGACGGCUAACUGCCCAGGGACCCAGGAAACUACAAAAGUCAAGGAAGGCACAGUGACUGGAAACAAAGUGCCACUCUCUGAGGAGGACAGCAGGAGAGCCAAAAUGGAUGACAGGACCGCUUUCCUGAUGGGGACCCAAGAAACUACAGAAGUCAAGGAACUUAGUCUGGAUAAACCAGCCCUGGUCCCAGAGGGGCUAUUAAUUCAGAACCCUUUUGCCUCUGGCUAUGCCAGCGAUCUGCUAUUCACCUCCCCAGAGACUGGGGGCGCCACCCAGGUAGGCAGGGUUGGCCUGACCCAAAGGAGAGACAAUAUGGACACCUCAGGUCCCAAUAUGAUUACCAACCUUACAGGGACCCAGGAAACUACGAAAGUCGAGGGACCCUCGGUACAGGACCCUCUGUCCUCAGGCUAUGCCAGCGACCUCCCACUAACCUCCCCAGAGGCAGGGGGCGCCACCCAGGGAGACUGGGAAAGCUCCAGAGAGGGACUGGACUCUGCAACAGACAGUUCUCUAUCUCCACCCCAGGUCCCCACAAAGCAGUUCCCUCAGAUCUCAGAGAUCUAUGUGAGCGGUGAGUCUGGGGACCUGACGGCUAAGGAGAAGCUGUUGUUGUGGAGCCAGCAGGCCACAGAGGGUUGGCCUGGCCUCCGCUGUACCAACUUCUCCUCCUCCUGGAGCGACGGACGCAUGUUCAAUGCCCUGCUCCACCGAUUCAGGCCAGACCUGAUUGACAUGGAGGUAGUGGCGCAGCAGAGUAACCUUGACAACCUGGAGCAGGCCUUUGAGAUCGCCGAGUCACUAGGGGUGACCAGACUUCUGGACGCUGAAGAUGUGGACGUUCCGUCUCCAGAUGAGAAGUCUGUCAUCACGUACGUCUCGUCCAUCUACGAUGCCUUCCCCAAGAUCCCAGAGGGAGGAGAGGGCAUCGCAGCGCAUGAGGUGGACCACCGCUGGGCAGAGUACCGCUCUCGCUUCUCCACGCUGCUCCAGUGGAGCCGGCAGCACAAGGCCCUCAUGGCCAACAAGAACUUCCCACUGGACCCUGUGGAGCUCAAGGCACUUUACAAUGAGUACGUCCAUUUCAAGGAGACGGAGAUCCCUGCCAAGGAGCUGGAGAAGAGUCGCGUUGAACACCUCUACAAACUGCUGGAGGUAUGGAUGGAGUUUGGGCGCAUCAAGCUGCCCCUGGGCCUGCACCCCAACGACCUGGAGGAGGAGUGGGGCAAGCUGAUCCUGGAGAUGCUGGAGAGAGAGAAGGCCAUGCGGCCCGCUGUGGAGAGACUGGAGUUACUGCUGCAGAUGGCCAAUAAGAUCCAGAACAUUGCCCUGGACUGUGAGGAGAAACUCACUCUGGCCAAGAACACACUGCAGGCCGACAUGUCCCUGGUGGAGAGUGGCGAGGCGGUGUGUUGUGAGAGGGAGCUGGGUUUGUACCUGCAGGACUGUGAGGUUCUGAUCAGACAGCUCAACCUGGACCUCAACAUCCUCCGAGACGAGAAGUACUACCAGGUGGAGCAGCUCGCCUGCAGAGCAUCCUGUCUACAUGAGGAGCUGGUCUCUCUCCGGCUCCAGUGCUCCAGCGUCUACAGGAAGGGCCACUUCUCCCCGGUGACGGGCGGAGACCGGACGGCCCCGCGGGGGAGCGACAGUGGUCUCUCCCUGUCCACGGGGGCCCAGACCCUGCUGGGGGCAGUCGGCGUGGUGGGGGCGAUGGGGGCGGCGUUGCUCAGGAGACCCAUGUCCCGCUCUCAGCUGGUGGCCAUGUCGUCCUCGGAGGACGAGGGAAGUCUCCGGUUCGUCUAUGAGCUCCUGGGAUGGGUGGAGGAGACACGGGACGUGUUGGAGCGUGCCGAGUGGGGGGCGGACCUGCCCUCUGUAGAGCAGAACCUCCAGGACCACCAGAACAUCCACACUGCCGUGGAGGAGCUGCUGCACAGCCUGAAGGAGGCCCGCAACUACCAGACGAAAGUCUCUCCGAACUUCAGGAGCAGUUAUUCUGACACUCUGGCCAAGCUAGAGCAUCUAUACUGCAAACUACUGGAACUCUCGUCAUGGCGUCUGCGCUGCCUGGAGAGCCUGCAUGCGUUUGUGUGUCGCUGUACAGAGGAGCUCAUCUGGCUCAACGAGCGAGAAGAGGAGGAACUGGCCUACGACUGGAGUCAAAACAAUACAAACGUCAAUGCCAAGAGAGAGCUAUACGCCGAAAUGAGGUCACAGCUGGAGGAGAAACAGGAAGUGAUGCACUCGCUGCAGGAAACAGCUGACCGGCUCUGUCAGGAGAACCACCCGGCCAAACAGACAGUGGAGGCGUACAGUGCAGCACUGCAGACCCAGUGGCAGUGGGUGCGCCAGCUGUGUGUGUGUGUGGAGCAGCAUCUCAAAGACAAUACUACCUACUUCCAGUUUGUGAGUGACGCACGGGACUGCGAGACGUACCUGCGUCAGCUCCAGGACACCAUAAAGAGACAGUACACCUGUGACAAGAACAGCAGGCUGGGCAAGCUGGAGGACCUGCUGCAAGACUCUAUGGAGGAGAAGGAGCAGCUGAUUGAGUACCGCAGCUCGGUGGCCAGCCUGGUGGGCCGGGCCAAGACGGUGGUGCAGCUCCGCCCCCGCAGCGCAGAGAGCACCCUGGGAAGCACCACGCCCAUCCGCGCCAUCUGUGACUACCGGCAGAUAGAGGCUAACGUUCAGAUCACCAUCAGCCGAGGUGAGGAGUGUGUGUUGGGGGACAACUCUCAGAGGACUAAAUGGAAGGUGAUCAGCCCCAGUGGAAACGAGGCUAUGGUGCCGUCGGUCUGCUUCACCGUGCCACCGCCCAACCAGGAGGCCAUGGACACCGCCAGCAGGAUGGAGCAGCUGUACCAGAACGUGAUGUCUCUAUGGCACAAUCUACACGUCAGCAUGAAGAGUGUGGUGUCCUGGCACUACCUGCAGAAAGACAUCAGGACCGUCUCCUCCUGGAGCCUGGACACGGUACGUUCCCAGCCCCCUGUGGCGAGGGACCAGGCUCUGGACCACUUGGAGGCCCACCUGGCUGACUUCCUCUCUGACAGCAAAGAGAGCGCCCUCUUCACCCCGACCGAGAGACGCGAGCUGGAGAGAGACGCCCACACCGCCCAGGAACACUGCCAGGACCUGCUGGUCAACAUGGAGACAGUGGAGAAGGAUGAGUCUGUCUCUCGGUCCUACCUGUCAGAGCUCCAGAACAUUAAACUGCGUCUGGAGGAGGCGGAGCAAAGGCUGAUGCGCGGCAUUCAGACUCCUCCCCCUAGCAACCGAUCCGGUGACAGCGUCGACAACACUGUUCAAAUUGCAGAGCAGGAGAAACUGCAGUCAGACCUGGAUGGUCUGCGGACCAGUCUUGGUGAGGUGUCAAGUCGCUGUGUGAGUUUCUUUGAGGAGAAGCCCACCUCCUCCAGUGUCCCCGUGCUGCGCUCUGAACUCAACCUGGCUGUGGAGAAGAUCGACAGACUACACAACCUCUCCUCCGUCUACCUGCACAAGCUGAAGACAGUGGAUGUGCUGAUGUACAGCUUGCAGGCUGCAGAGAGCCAGGUGAAGAGGUACGAGAGCAGGCUGAGUGAGGAGGACAUCGUGCCUGUAGACACCAACGCCAUCCAGGCCCUACGGGAACAACUGGGGACGUGGCAGUCGGAGCUUGAGGAUCAGGAAGGGGUGUUUAGCUCCCUGCAGUCGGCGGUACAGAAGGCCCGAGAGGCGGGGACUCAGCUGAACAGGCUCCACCCAGACCGUAGCCCGGAGCUGGAGCGCUACCAGGAGAGAGCCGCCCAGCUCACCGAGAGGUGGGCCGGAGUCAAGAGACAGAUGGAAACACGGCGAGGGGAGCUAGAAGCCCUGGGCUCGGUCCUGCAGCAGUACAGAGAUGGUCACUCUGCUCUGAUCCACUGGAUAGAGGAGACCACUGAGAGACAGGAGAACACCCAGCCUGGACAGACUGACAGCAAAGUUCUGUCUGAACAACUAGCACAACAAACGGCAUUAGUAGCCGACAUCGAAAAGAACCAGACCAAACUGGACGAGUGCCAAACGCACUCAAAACAGUACUGCACCUCUGUCAAGGACUACGAGCUGCAGCUGAUGACGUUCAGAGCGUUUGUGGAGUCGACGCAGAAAUCGACCGGGAAGAGGAGGAGGAUGCACUCUUCAUCAGACGCCAUCACACAGGAGUUCAUGGACUUACGCACGCGCUACACAGCCCUGGUUACCUUGACGACGCAGCACGUCAAGUACAUCAGCGAUGCACUGAGAAGGCUAGAGGAAGAAGAGAAAGAGGUGGAGGAGGAGAGGCAGCAGAGGGUAGGCCAGGUGUCAGAGCUGCUGGGCUGGGUCAAGGGCCUCCAGGGCCGAGCAGGGGACCCCUCCGCCGAGUCGUCCAUCGCAGCGCAGGAGGCCGUGAGUGAGCAGUUAGCGGCUAAGAAGGAGGAGGUGGCUAAGGUUAUCAGGAACACUCAAGUCUUCCUGAUGUCUAAACAGGCCAGCAAGUUGUCCCCAGAGGAACGUGCCCAGGUGACCUCCCAGAUGGACGAGCUGACUGCCACCUACAGCCAGCUGUGUGACAGUUCCACCGCCCAACUGCAACAGCUGGUGCAACAGCAGGCCAAAGAGGAGCAGAGAAAGAGCCAAUCUGCCAUUGGCGGAGUUAUUGACCUGGGAACCAUGGAAACCGUCCCAGUCUUCCAAGCUGCACGGCGUGGCUUGAUAGACCUGGACACCUGCCAUGUCUUAUUGGAGGCCCAGCUCACCAUGGGCGGGUUGUUUCAGCCUGACUCCCCUGUGAGCCUAUCACUGGAAGAGGGCCUCAACUGUGGCCUGAUUGAUAGUCACAUCAGCCAAUCCCUAUCAGAGCUGGAGAGUGCCUUGCAUCUUGUCGACCAGACAGAACAACUGGAGGGCCAGCUCCUCCCAGUGGCUGCAGCCAUGGAGGCAGGCCUUAUCAAAGAGGAGGUGGGGCUGCGUAUCCUGGAGCUGCAGAUAAACACAGGAGGCCUGAGGGAGUUAGGAGAAGGUAGACUAACCUUGAAUAGUGCUGGAGAGAUGGGCCUGCUGACCCCAAGGGUCUACACCAAGCUCGGGUCACGGGUCAAUCGGCGGGAGCUUAUUGACCCCAACACAGCCGAUAAACUGAAUCUGGACGAACUGCAGCAGCGCUGCAUCCUCAGCGAUGACACCAGCUUGUAUCUGCUGCCAGUGAAACAGCAUCCAGGAGGCACAGUCUGUCUCCGAUCUGGCAGGAAGGUCGGGAUCUUCCGUGCCGUCCAAGAGGGACUGAUUGACAGGCAAGUAACAGUGAGAUUACUGGAGGCCCAGCUGUUUGCUGGUGGCAUCUCUGACCCCCGUUCUGGGCAUCUUCUGACUGUGAACGAGGCUGUGCGUCACAAUCUGAUGGACCAGGACCUGGCCUGUGCCAUGCUGACCCGCCAGCUGCAGAGUGGUGGGAUUCUAGACCCUGUAACUGGGGAUCGCCUAGGGGUGGAGGAAGCCAUCCAGACGGACCUGCUCUCACCUCAUCUGGCCCUGCUGGUGCUCGAGUCCCUCUGGGCUUUUAUAGGGAUGCUCUGGCCUGAGUCAGGGGAGCUGCUGCCCAUUGCAGAGGCUCUACAACAAGGGGUAAUCUCGGGAGAGCUGGCUCUGAACAUCCUGAGACAACGCCAUGCGAUAGGUGCCCUCUACCUUCCGGAAACCCCUAAGGUUGUGUCCCUGAAUCAGGCUAAGGAGGUCCUUGAACCCAAAGUGGCUGAGAUUCUGAAGGAGAUUCAGAUCCCAGAUGUGCUACACAAUAUGAACCAGUCAGGUUCCCCAAAACUGAAUCGCCUAAUCUGGGGUUCCACUGGCACAUCCCAUCCUCCCUCCUUGUCCCCUGCCUCUUCCCCAGGGCUCAACUGUGACCCCUCAUUCCUGGAGAAAAUGGCCCCUGAGGAGCAGGCACAUCACCGCCUGCUUUUCCAUUUAAUGACCCACAGCUAUGUGGAUGCCCAUUCUGGCCAGCGCUUAGUGUUGCUCGAGCCUGAGCUGGUGGAACUUGCCAAGGCUGCUGCUGGUCUGAUCAAUGUGGAUCCUAUACCUGGAGUGGUUGAGGAAGGGUUGAGUUUGACUACAGAAAGACAGGAGUGUAUGGAAGUGGUGCCAGAUGUAAGUUUGCCGGAUACUCUGCAGACAAGGGAAAUUGAAAAGGUCCAAGAAAAAAGUGCAAUAUUCAGCUUGCCUGAAAAAUGUAUUUAUUCUAGAAAGAUGGGAGAAGAAGCUGAUAAUCAAGGAUGGGAUGGUACACCUGACACAUUGCAGGCUAAUCAAACUGGAAUAAAGGAGAUGGGACAGGUAGACCUUGACUCAACAAUGAGAAUAAGUGAGGAGGUAGAUGGAGGUGUACAUAGAGAAGUAAAAGGUGAAAAGGAUGAAAUGGUUAGUUUUGAAAGUGCCCCGCCCUCAGCUGGACUACCGGAAAAGCAAUUAAUUACAGACUCGUAUGAAGAUGGGCUGGUAGAGAUGGAAUCAGAGGGUGCAAGACAGAGUGGUCACAGAAAGGCGAAGGAGAAGGACUCCCUCGUGGAAGAUGUUGACAGUACACUUGUAGAAGCCUUAGAAAUUUACUCGACACCGGUAAAGCCAGAGACUUUGAUGCCAACCCAAUAUUUCAAAGAACCUGAUAUCUCCCCAUCAGAGACAAAUGAAAAGGAGGGUGUGCCUGUGAGUGUUGGAGUUAAGUAUGCUAUGAAGGAUACUCAGAGGGUCACAGAGAAGACCCAACCCCAUGUUAUGAGAUUAGAGGCAGCAGCAGUGAAGAGUGAGGAGGAUGUUGAGCUGGAAAGGUUGGCCUCGGAGCUUCAGCAAGGGGGUCUACUGACUGAAGGAGGGCAGCGGCUUCUCCCAGACGAAGCCGUGGCUCAGGGGGUCCUCCCUGGACACACUGCAGUCAAGCUGAUGGCCAAGGCAGGACUUUUCGGAGGUUUCCUGGAUGUCAGUGCGUGCGAAUCCCUGAGCAUGGAGGAUGUGAUGCAGGAGGGUCUGCUUGAUGAAGACCUGAUGUGGAGUGUGCUGAAAUCAGAGAAGACCCUGGCAGGGGUAGUGGAUGUAGAGAAGGGGAAGAUUUGUACCCUGAAGGAUGCUGCUCGGGCAGGCCUGAUAGACUCCAACACAGCUGCUCGGCUCCUGGAGGCCCAGGUGGUCUCAGGGGGAGUGGUUGACCUGCGAAGAGACAAAAAGGUGUCUGUUACCCUGGCAGCCAACCUUGGGCUGAUAGAGGAGGACCAAAGAGAGAAGCUAUUUACGUUGGAGAAGUCAUACCGUGGAAAAGGCUCAGACCCAGAUGCAUCUCUCACCAAAGCAACAUUGCAGCUGCAAAUGAAUGGGGUUGUAGACCCCAAAACUAAGUCACCUGUUCCCCUAAAGCAGGCCCUUGAAAGAGGUUUGCUUGGGCAGGAGGAAGUCUAUCAAGCCUUGUCCCAGCAAGUAGCGGAGGGCGGCAUCGUGCACCACAACUCUGGAGUUAGACUGUCAGUUACUGAUGCUUUGCAGCGAGGUCUGGUAGACUGUGCCAUAUCCCCAAAACUGUGGGAGUUAGAGAGGGCAUGUCAGGGGGAGGUAGCCCUCUCUUCAAACCCAGAUGCUGCCCUCCUCCAGGCAUCCACAGGUGCCAUUUUGGAUCCUGAUUUAAAGUGUAGACUUACAUUGACAGAGGCUGUCUCUGAUGGUCUGCUCAAUGAGAGCAUUGCCAAGAAAGCAAUGAUUUCUCCAGGUGUAACAGAAGGUAUUUUGGAUCCACAAAGUGCCCAAAUUGUGCCUUACUCAGACCUUGUAAACCAAGGCAAGAUUGACAUUAAGAGUGGAAAGCGCUUCUUGGAAGUGAAGCCUUUCAAGGGAAUCCAGGAUAAGCAAACAGGUGAAAUCCUGAACCUAGCUAAAGCAAUUGCAUCUCAACAAGUUGAUCCAGUCCCAGCACUCAGAAUGUUGCAAAGCCAGGCAGACACUGGAGGGAUUAUUGAUAUUUCCAAUGGAGCUAGGCUCCCUCUGCCUAAAGCCUCAAAGAAAGGGCUGGUGGGAGAACAUAUGGCCAGGCUCAUUGCCACCAACCAGGUUCUGAAAGGGGGCUUGCUUGACCCUUCCACUGGGCAGAGAGUCUCAAGCCUGAAGAAAGCUGUCAAAGAUGGGCUUAUAUCCAGAGAAAUGGCUGCAGAGCUCCAGGACAACCUGGGCUCCAUGGAAGUAGAAUGUGACGAUGAGGAUAGUUCAACACCCGUUGCCUCUUCAAGUGGGACCUAUAGUCCUGCAGACACAUUAUCAAUAUCCAGUCCAGACAGCCAAACCAGACAGCCAAACCAAACCAAAACAAUAAUUAUCGAAAGCUCUGAAGUGAUUUCUCCAACCCCACAUCCAGAAGAGUCAGAAAAAAGGUACAACCUUUUGAUGAUCGCGGAGGACAUUGCGAAGACUCUAGAAGCUGCAACAUUCACGCAGUCAGGAGCUAUGCAACACCAUGGCUCUGUUUACAUUGAAGAAGAGAUGGAAGAGGAACAGGUCUCAAUAGCUGGAAAUUCAUCGGAAAUUGAGUCAAACCAGUCAAUCAAUUUGUUGGCUCAGUUUACAAUCAAUGCAGAGAAAAGGCUUCAGCAGGCCCUUCAGGAGAUGAAGACACCGCAAGAUGUUACUGUUAGAACACCAGAAAAAGAUAACAAAAAUGUGUCUAGAUCAGUUGGUGAAAGAAGUUCAAUCAUGCUGCAGGGGCCGUCUGCUUUGGGCAAAGAACCACAGAUGGAUUCGACAGUGGCCGUUGGCAGAGAAGGUAGAGAUCAAGAGGGCAGCAUAGACAUGUCUACCCUAGUUGAGAGAGAUGAAGGGAAGACACAUGUGGUAGAAGACAGUACUGAGAGAGUGGUGGAGCAAGGUAGAAUGGAGGUUGAGCAGGAUACAAAGAUUGAGGCCAGAGAGAGUGAUGAUCUUGGACAUGCAUCACCCAAUUCUAAGGAGGCCAAAGGUAAGAGCAAAAAGAAGAGGAAGAAUAAGAAGAAAGGAAAAGGGAAGGAGGUCGAUACUGAGCAAAGACCCUCAGAAAAAGCUGAUAUACAGAAAACGGAAAACAAAGACCAGAAUGCACAUUCAGAGGGUAAAGGUCAUAAUUGUGAUAAGGGUGCUGAGUCCACUAGAGGUUAUGUUACCCUACAGGAGAAAGAGGAGUCACCUGUGCAAGAUGUUCAAUCUGCACUCAAAGGUGCUAAGGUACAGACUCUUGAGAGGUUCGACGAUCCAAAGGAUAUUGGCAAAGUAAGGGAAGGUUCUACAGUUCCACCAGGAGCCAUAGAAGAUGCUCCUGAGGUAGAGAGAGAGGGUACAGAGAACAAGGUCUUCUUGGUUAAAAGACAGGUAGAGAAGAACAAACCAUCCAAGAUAUCUAAAGCAUCAGAGAAGGUUGAACCUGUGACAGAAGAGAUACCAUCCAUCCAUGAUAAAGCAGAUUCUGAAGUGGCACUAAUGAAGGCUGUUCUCGAAAGCUUAGACAAAAAGUCUAAGAUACCCAUAGGAGCAGAAAAGGUUGAACCAGCGACAGAGGAGAGAUCAUCCGUCCACGAUAGAGUUUCUAAGGACGAGAAAAAGAGGGAGGUGGAGCAGAUUGUGGAAAAGAGUGGUACAGAUGGGGUGGUGACAGUUUCUCAACAGACUGGACAGCAGAAGCAUAAGGAUAGGAAAGAGGUGGAAUUCACUCUGAAAACCACCCCAGUAGCCAAUGAUAAAGAGGCCCUUUUACUGAAGGCAAAGGAGAGUAUUCUGAGGAAGGUGUUAGGACGUGGUGUUAGUGAGAAGCAAGCUGCAGAGGAGCUAGUGGCACUGCGUCAGGUAGUGGGGAAGAAAGAGAGUUUGGUGACGUCCGAAGAGGAACUUAAGACUGUGGGGAGUCCUCCUGAGGUUUCACCAGAAGAGAGUGAGGGUAAGGGAAUUGACAAGAAGGAAGAAGGAGGAAGAGAGAAAGUUGUGCCUGACCAUUCUACAAUAACUGUAGCAGCAGAGGAAGAGAAAAAGGCUUUAGAAGUAGAGAAAGAGGAGAAAGUUCUAUCAGACCAGUCUAAAAGGGAAGAGAAAGGGGAGAAGGUUGUGUUAGACCAGAUUGAAGAAGGAAAGAAGGAGGACACAUCUCUAACAGACCAGCUUAAAGAGACCAAGUCGGGAAAGAAAAAUAAGAAGAACAAAAAGUCUAAGAUGCAUAAAGUGGUAGAAAAAGUUGAACCUGCGACAGAGGAGGAGCCGUCCAUCCACAAUAGAGCAGAUUUGACACCGGCUGAUGCUGACAGCUCAGUCUCUGGGGAUGAGCAGAAGAUUGAGAAGCAGCAAGACUGUCAAUCAGACAGUGAUGUAACAAGGGUGGCAAGUGGUGACGAGAUGAACAAAAUGGCUGCCUUUACUAAGAGUCCUAGUGGAGUUGACACCAAUCAACAAAGAUCAACCCACACCACUGCACCAUACCAAGUCAAUGUACAUCUUGAGGAGAAACCUGAGGAGGACAUUUCUUUGGGGCGAGAAACUGAUCCACAUGGCAAAGAAAUUGAACAAUUUAGGAUUGGUACACCUGAGAAAGAUGUCCACCCAGACACCCAUCAUGUUACUGACAUUGCGGAUGCCUCUCCUGAAGCCCUUGUAUCCAUGUCAGGCGCCCAUCUGGUCAAGGCCUCUGUGGCACCUGCUACCCAGCCGGCUAAAACCACUGGCAAAAUGCAGGAACUUGACAGUCCCACUGAAACUGAGUCUAAAGAGGAAAAGUACCUUGAGUCCACAGAAUCAGGACAGUCCUGGUCUGUUGAGACCCCACAGUCUGAUGAGAUUUUUGAAUCUGAUACAACAGAAGUACCCGAUUCUGUUACAACUGACCGCUGGAAGGAGGAUGGAGAAAUCCAAGAACUGGAGAUAACGAAAGAGAAAAGCGCAGCUAAGAAGGGAAAGUCCUCGUUGCUCCGCCAGGAAUGCCUGGAACGUGACCAGCAAAUUGUGGCUCUGCUCUCUAUGGUGAGACACAUCGAGGUUCGCGUCAAGCAGCAGCAGCAACAGUCGAUUGGUCGCAGCCUCAUUGCUCUUGAUGACAUUAUCAAACAAACAGAUACCUUGGAUCUAGAACUUCGGGAUUUAGAACCCCAGGUCAACAAGGCAGUGGAUGCUGCUGAGCAGUUGCUGGAGCCCCGCCAACAGGAAGUUCCACCUCAGCUACUAUUGGCCUUGGAGAAGGAUGGCCGAAGCUUAGCUCGAGGUUACAAGGCUGCAAGAGGGGUCUCUGAAAACAUCCUGCAGGGGCUGCGCUCACACAGAGACGCAUAUACGGAGGCAUUGACUGGAGAACAGAAGUCACUUGGAGGGCGAGUGGAGGAUCUUCUUUCCUGGCUGAAGGAGACUGAGGCACAAAUUACAGGAAUGGAUGGACAAACCCAGGGCGAGACUCCUGCUCAGCUCACACAACAGCUCCAGCUGUGCAAGGAGUUGCAGUCGUCGCUCUCGGCCCACUCCAAUGACGUCAACACGGUGGCCUUUGACAUCCAGGUGUUCAUCUCGGAGCGGGCUCAGGACCUGGCUCCCGAACAGAGCAGGCACCUCCUGGGGCAGCUACAACAGCUCCAGAGGGGCUUCCACCGAGCCUCUGGCCAAGCCCACGCCAAGACCGACGCCCUCGCUGCCCAGAGAGAGAGGGAGGAGGAGAGGCAGCGCAGACGUGAAGAAAAAGAAGAAGAGGAGAAGGAGAGAGAAAGAGAGAGAGAGAGUGCAAGGGAGAGAGAGGUGGUGCAGCAGCAGAAGGCAGAAUGCUCACAAAAAUUGGAAGGCCUUACGAUGUGGUUGGCUGGAGCGGCCAGCAUGCUGGCCAAUCAAGCGGGAGCAGAGUCAGGUGAUGUGAAUGUGCUGCAGCAGAAACAGAGAGAGUUAAAGGAAGUACAGAAGGACCUGCUGACCAAAGGCGAGGGCGUGGCGGAGACCAUCCGCUCGGUGGAGGAGUUCCUGGCGGAGCACGGUGACAGCCUGAGUCCAGAGGAGAGGGCCAACCUCCAGGGGGCACUCUCCCGUAUGAAGGAGCAGUACAGUGCACUGACCGACACUGCCCAGUCCUCCCUGGUCCAGCUGGACACGGCCAUCAGCACCACCGUCCAACAGAACACACAGAGGGCGAAGGCAGUAGAGGAGCUGCAGGAGACACGGGGCCAGAUCCACUCGCUGUUAGAGGAGCUCUCCUCACUCAACCAGCCUGGGAUGACCGUUACUGACCACCUCUCCUUGUCCUCCUCCACAUCGCCAGAGGGAGGUCUACAAUCACACAGCGACAUGCUCCAGGCGGAGCUCCAGCAGCUCCAGGCACAGCAGGCCCAACUGAUGCAGGUGUCCCAGAACGCUCGCUCCCUCCUGGACCAGCCCGACUCGGCCGUGCCAGCCGAGGAGAAACGCCGUCUGCGGGACCAGCUAGACCAGCUCCAGACCCAACACCAGGAGAAGCUGCGAUCCUGCCAGGAGAGGCUGAGGCGCUCGGAGGCCCUUAAGGACGAGCUGGCCAAGUUCCUCCAGGAGCAUGGAGGCCUGGGGACCUGGCUGGAACAGAGUGAGGGGGAGCUGUGUUCCCUGGGGGAAGGAGAGACGGACGCACAGGGUCUGAAGGGGAGACUGGAAGAGCACAAGAAGCUGGCGGAAGAUGUGAUCUGCCACAAGGCAGACCUGCGUUUUGUGUCCAUCUCUGGUCAGAAGGUGCUGGACUCUGUCCAGGGGGCUCUGGAGAAGGUAGGAGGGUCUGACCUAGCCCUGGAGGAGACCAAGCAGCUGGUCACUGACAAGCUACAGGACGCCAACCACCGCUACAUCGCGCUGCACACCAAGUCGUCAGAUCUGGGCGGGCGUCUGUCGGGUCUGUUGGAGCGCUACCAGCAGUACCAGGACGAGGCUGUGUCGCUCCACACCUGGCUCAGCGCCCAGGAACAGAACCAGAGUAUAGCCGGACCCAGCGGAGAGACGGACACACAGACGCUACAGAACACACUGCGGGCCGUACAGCUGUUGCAGGAUGAGCUGGCGGAGCGGUCAGUCCAGUUGGAGAAGGUGAGGAGGUCAGGCAGAGAGCUGGCCAACACACAGGAGUCCCCCACUCUCAGAGCUGCUGAGAUCACCAGCACUGCAGAUGGUCUGGAGAAGAGGUUCAGCUCUCUGUCUGAGUCCGUGUCGGAGCGGGCUGAGCAGCUCCAGACGUCCGUAGCCCAGUCGGUCAGUGUCCAGGAGGGGCUGAAGGGCCUGCUAGCCUGGCUGGACGGCCUGCUGCUGACCCCCGGGCCCAUCCAACCCACCGCCCAGGCUGUCCAGGACGCCCUCACACAGAAUCAGAAACUACGCCAGGAGCUGUUAUCCAGACAGGGAAGUGUGGAGGCCACCUGCGACUCUGUCUCCAAACUGCUCCAGAGCUCUGACGCCUCCACGGCCUCCGGGCUCCAGGGGUCACUAGAGAGCCUGACUCAGAGCUACGCCGCGGCACAGGUCAAGCAGGCCGAGAGGGAGGCUGAGCUCCGGGGGCUCCUGCCCAAGCUGGAGAACUAUGAGAGACUGAGUACGGACCUGCAGGGUUUCACUCAGACCUGCCUGAGAGCUCUGAGCCCCGCGGGACAGCCUGACCGCAGUGUGGAAGACUACAGACAGACCAUAGAGGAGGUGAGAGCGGAGCAGGAGCAGGAGGCAGGUCACCUGAAGUCCUUCUGCCAGCUGGGGACAGACCUGAGCCAAGCCAAGGCCCUGACCAGCACACAGACCCUACUGGACAAUGUCAGAGAGGUGUCCAAUGAGUUCGCCCGGCUGGAAUCCAACGUCAAUGAAAGGUACAAUGCCAUCCAGAGUUGUGAGCAGCAGUCGGGCCAGUUCCGGUCUCUCUCUGGCUCCCUCCUCAGGUGGCUCCAGACAACACAGGAGCAGCUGCCUCUCAAGGAGCCCAACGUCAACACAGAGGCCCUGCAGAGGAGAGUGCAGCAGCUCAAGGACUUACUGAUUGACUGGGAGGCCCAAGGGGUUCGGGUUCUGGAGCUGAACAAGACUGGAUCAGAACUGGAGACCCUUAUCAUAAACAUCACAGCUCCCCAGACCAAGACAGGUGUUCCCCAGGUCAAUGGUGCAGGAAGCCCCGGCAGUGUCAAUGGCAUUCACACAUGCAAAGACCUGACAGAGCUGCAGGUUGCAGUGGCGGAAGUGAACGGUCGUUACGAGGAGCUGGGAGAGGAACUGAAGGACCGACAGUGGCGCCAGGAGGCCUCUCUGGAGCUGAGGCAGAAGGCCAGGCAGAGUACCGAGGAGCUCAGCCGCUGGCUGGGAGACCGGGAGAACAGCCUGCACCUGGGCCAGACUGCCGCCUCCCCCUCCAAACCGGAGGUGGUACGCGCCCAGGCCCAGGAGAACAAGGCCUUACUGUCUGAACUGGCAGAGCAUUCUGGGAAGGUGAAGGAGCUGAAGAGCACCCUAGAGAAGCUGAUAGCAGACUACCCAGACUCCCCAGAGGCAGACACCUGGAGACAACAAAUGAAGGAGAUCGACUCACGCUGGGAAAAGGCCAAUGAGGCGGCACUACAGAGGCAGGUGGAACUGGAGACCUGUGCUGAUAGGCUGGGCAGCUUUGCCACAGCAGCCAGUCAGUUGGGGCCGUGGCUCAAAGAGAAGGAGCUGAUGAUGAGUGUGCUGGGACCCCUGAGCAUCGACCCCAACAUGUUGAACACCCAGAAUCAGCAAGUGCAGUUCAUGCUGCGUGAGUUUGACACCCGCCGGCCCCAGUUCGACCAACUCACCCAGGCGGCCGAGGGCAUCCUUUCCCCGUCUGGUGGCGACUCCUCCCCGCAGGAUGCCAAGGACCUAGCGGAGGUCCGGUCCGAGCUGGGCUCCAUCUCGCAGCAGUGGGACGACCUCACUCAACGUCUGUCCCGGCGCUCGGAGCACAUCGACCAGGCCCAGGGCACCAGCGAGCGAUACCAGGCCCUGCUGAAGAACCUCUCGGUCAACGUGGGGGCGCUAGGCGAGCGGCUGGACGGCCAAGCCUCGCUCAGUGCCCAUCCCGAGGCCCUGAAACGGCGUCUGCAGGAGACGGGCGAGAUCCGGUCUGAGCUGGAGCAGAGGAGGGAAGAGCUGGGCGAGGCAGAGAAGCUGUGCGGCGAGCUGAGUGCCAUCGUGGUUGAACCUUACCUGAGAGACGAGCUGAAGAAGAGGCUGGAGAGCGUGAGCAGCCCGCUGAGGAGUCUGGAGGAGAGGGCCGCGGAUGGUCUAUCCCAGCUCCAAGCCGCUCUCUCCAGCACCCAGCAGUUCCAGCAGAUGUUCGAGGAGCUGCGGAGCUGGCUGGACAACCAGAGUGGUCAAAGAGACUCUACCGCCGACUCCCUCCCCUGCCAGCCCGAAGCUAUCCGGACCCUGCUUGCCCAGCAAGACGAGCUUCAUCGCGGGGUGGCCAGCCAACGUGGCCCCUACGAGCUCAUCCAGGCCGAGGGGGCCUCCCUGCUCGCCUCACUACCCGCCGGCGGUGUAGAACGAUCAUCCUUACUGUCCCGGCUUACCGACCUACGCCGGGACUGGGAUGAGCUCAACCAGUGCAUCACGGAACGCCAGAACCGGCUGAAAUCCACCCUGACCAAGGCCGAGAGUUAUCAGCAGCACCGCGCCGAGCUCACGCCCUGGGUGGCGGAGUGCGAGGAGCGGGAGGCUGACAUCCAGCUCUCCCUAGACCCUGCGGCCCUGGAUGAGGCUUUGCAGAAGGCCAGGCAGCUGGGGUUGGAUCUGGAGCGCCGUCGCCCCCUCCUGGAGGCCUUAAACAUUGCAGCCGACCAACUCCUGGAACACUGCCGCGUCGGAGAGGAAGACGUACGCGACGAAAAAGCCCAACUCAACCGUAGAGUCGACGGGCUGGCAGAAAACCUCCAAAACCGUGUUUCCCAACUGGAAGAGCUAGCGGGUCGACUUAAGGAGUUUGAGGACGGGCGGCAGGCGGUAGAGAGGAGGCUGGAGGCAGCACGGCAUCAGAUCGAGGUGCAGGAUGCGCUGGGCCCACAGGCGUGCAGCAACAAGAGCCUGGAGCGGCUGAGGAGCCAGCAGGAGACGCUGCACUCGCUGCAGCCACAGGUGGCCUACCUGAGGGAUCUGGCCCAGGGGCUGGUGCAGGACGCACCCCACACAGCAGGGGGCGGCGGAGAGGGAGGACAGAGGCUGGAGCAGCAGGCCCGAGACACGGACAGAGAGUUUGGAGACGUCAGCGAAAAGAUUGAAAAGUGCUGUUCCACCCUGGAGUCCCGUCUCCAGGGCGUGGGCGAGGUCCAGUCCUCGGUGCGCGACCUCUUCUCCCACCUGGCUGACCUGGACGACGAGCUAGACUCGCUGAGCCCUGUGGGGCGUGAUGCCGACUCGCUUGCCUCGCAGGCAGAUGCUGUCCACGCCUUCCUAGCUCGCCUGGCCACGCUGAGGUCGGAGCUCGAAGGUCACGGAGGCGACUGCACCGCCAUGCUCCGGCGCGAGGGGUCGUCUCCCGAUCUCCUCGCCCUGAGGAGAGAGACGGAGGCCCUGAGCCGCCAGGCUGGGAAGCUGUCCGAAAGGGGCCAGGCCAGAAUGGGACAGAUCGAGGUGGCUGCCGAGAAGGUGAGAGAGUUCUACGCCAAGGUGGCAGAGCUGCAAGGGCUGCUGAGACGGGCAGAGGAGGGGCUGAACGCGCAGGGCGUGGUGGGGACAGAGGUGGAGACCAUCAAGCAGCAGCUGCACGAGUUCAAGGCGGUGGAGAGGGAGCAGGUGGACAGUAUUCAACCCAAGCUGCAGCGCGUGAACGCGGUGGGCCAGGGCCUGAUCCAGAGUGCAGCCAAACACACAGACACCCAGGCUCUGGAGCAUGACCUAGAGACCACCAACCUCAGAUGGAACUCCCUCAACAAGAGGGUUGCAGAGCGCAUUGCCCAGUUGCAGGAAGCCCUGUUGCAUUGUGGGAAGUUCCAGGAUGCCCUGGAGCCUCUUCUGAGCUGGCUGAGUGACACAGAGGAGCUGGUAGCCAAUCAGAAGCCCCCGUCGGCCGAAUACAGAGUGGUCAAGGCCCAGAUCCAGGAACAGAAGCUGUUACAAAGACUACUGGACGACCGCAGAGCCACUUUCCAGAUGAUCCAGGGAGAGGGAGAGAGGAUCGCAGCCACGGCCGAGACACAGGACAGAGACAAGAUCCAGAAGCAGCUGGAGAGUCUGGGAGAGAGAUGGGGCGAGCUGCUGGAGAAAGCCAGGGCAAGGCAGUGCCAGUUGGAGGAGCUGCAGACGCUGGCACUCCAGUUCCACGAGGCGGUGGAGCCUCUAGGAGAGUGGCUGAGUGCCACCGAGAGACGCCUGAGCACCGCCGAGCCCAUGGGAACCCAGACUUCCAAGAUCACCCAGCAGAUUACGAAACACAAGGCCGUCCAAGAGGCCGUCUCCUCUCGAGGAGCCGAGGUCGACCGCCUCCAGGCCCUCGGCCAAUCCUUGGCGCCCCUCAGCUGCGCGGCCGACCGCGAUUGGCUGGGGGAGCGCGUGGGGGCGGUGCGGCUAGGCCACUCGGAGCUCAGUGAUUGGUGCCAACGCAGGGCCGUCAUGCUGGAGCAGGCCCUGGCCAAUGCCCAGCUGUUUGGGGAGGAUGAGGUGGAGGUGCUCAACUGGCUGGCUGAGGUGGGCCAGCGGCUGGGACAGGUGUCGGUGCAGAGCUACCAGCCGGGGGUCCUCACCCAGCAGCACAAGCACACACUGUCUCUGAAUGAAGAGAUAGUGAGCAGGAAGAAGCAGGUUGACCAGGCCAUCAAGAACGGACAGGCCCUGCUCAAGCAAACCACAGGUGAGGAGGUUCUGCUGAUCCAGGAGAAGCUGGACGGUAUCAAGUCUCGCUACGCUGAGAUGACGGGCGGGAGCAGCAAAGCCCUCCGCACACUGGAGCAGGCCCUGCAGCUGAGCACGCGAUUCGCCAGCGCCCACGACGACCUCAACCAAUGGCUGGACAAGGUGGAGGCGGAGCUCAACGUCAUGGAGCCCGACGCCACGCCGGCCUAUCAGGACAGACAGAAGGAGCUGAAGUGUGUGUCAGCGGAGAAACGUCUGGUUUUGGACACGGUCAACGAGGUGGGCAAUGCCCUCUUAGACCUGGUGCCCUGGCGUGCCCGCGAGGGUCUGGACCGCCUGGUGGCGGACGCCAACCAGCGCUACCGAACGGCGGCCGAGACCAUCACCCAGCGGGUAAAGCUGGUACAGGCUGCCAUCCAGAGGUCACAACAGUAUGAGGAGGCGGUGGACGCGGAGCUGACCUGGGCUGGGGAGACGGAGAGGAAGCUGUCCUCCCUGGGUCCUCUGAGUCUGGAGCCUGACGUCACCGUGGCCCAGCUACAGGUCCAGAGGGCCUUCAAUAUCGACAUCAUCCGACACAAAGACACCGUAGACCAGCUACUCCACACCAGGGACGACAUCCUGGAGACCUGCAGCGACCAGCAGAGAGACGCUCUGGUGGAGAAGACUGACUCACUGUCUGCCCGCUACGAGGCGGUGAGCCAGCAGCACCAGGAGCGUUUCUCAGCUUUGGAGCAGGCCCAGGUCCUGGUGGCCCGUUUCUGGGAGACCCAGGAGGACCUGGAGCCCUGGCUGGGGGAGACGGAGACACUUAUCGCACAGCUGCCCCCACCCGCCAUCGACACUGAGGCCCUGCGUCUACAACAGGAGCAGAUGAGGCUCCUGAGGGAGUCCAUAGCGGAGCACAAGCCCCACAUCGACAAGCUGCUGAAGAUCGGCCCCCAGCUGGCCGCUCUGAGUCACCAGGAGGGGGCCACGGUGAGGAAGCGCUACAGCGACGCCGAGAAACGCUACGUGGCCAUCAAGGAGGUCGUCAAGGGUCGCGCCACCACCCUGGAUGAGGCUGUGUCUCAGUCUGCCCAGCUGGUAGAGUUCCACGACAAGAUGGACCCCCUGCUGGAGACCCUGGAAGGGGCCGUGCAGCGCCUCCGAUCCCCUCCUCCCGUGGCAGCGGAGGCAGAUAAGAUCCGGGAGCAGCUGGCCGACCACAAGGCAACGGGGCUGGAGCUGGACAAACUGCUGCCCUCCUUCUCGGCCCUGUGUGCCCGCGGCGAGGAGCUCAUCAGUAGAGCAGCCCACGACGACCCUGCCGCUCAGGCCGUGCGUUCCCGUCUGCUGCGCCUGCGCUCCCUGUGGGAUGAGAUCCGGCAGAGGGCUGAGGAGCGGGAGGGGAAGCUGACGGACGUCUUGGACCUGGCUGGGAAGUUCUGGGCCGACAUGGCGGCGCUACUGAGCACGCUCCGUGACUCGCAGGACAUCGUCAGGGAGCUGGAGGACCCCGGGGUGGACCCCUCACUCAUCAAACAGCAGAUAGAGGCGGCAGAGGCGAUCAAGGCCGAGACAGACGGGCUGAGGGAGGAGCUGGAGUUUGUACGAACCCUUGGGGCUGACCUCAUCUUCGCCUGCGGAGAAACAGAGAAGCCUGAGGUCAAGAAGACCAUCGACGAGAUGAAUGCCGCCUGGGAAGGCCUGAACCGGACUUGGAGAGAGAGGAUGGAGAGGUUGGAGGAGGCCAUGACGGCUUCUGUGCAGUACCAGGAUACAUUGCAGAGCAUGUUUGACUACCUGGACAACGCAGUGAUCAAGCUGUGUGACAUGUCCACUGUGGGCACUGAUCUGGGAACUGUCAAACAGCAGAUCGAAGAGCUCAAGAUAACAUUCUCGCAGUACAAGGUGGAGGUGUACCAGCAGCAGAUAGACAUGGAGAAGCUGUGCCACCAGGGGGAGCUGCUGCUCAAGAAGGUCUCGGACCAGACCGACAGAGACAUGAUCCAGGAGCCCAUCACGGAGCUCCGACACCUCUGGGACAACCUGGGGGACAAGAUCACUCACAGACAGCAUAAGUUGGAGGGUGCUCUCCUGGCUCUAGGUCAGUUCCAGCAUGCCUUGUCUGAGCUGCAGUCCUGGCUGAGUCACACCCACGCCACCCUGGACACGCAGAGACCCAUCAACUCUGACCCCAAGGCCAUCGAGAUAGAACUGGCCAAGCACCACGUGCUGAGGAACGACGUGCUGUCCCAUCGGUCCACGGUGGAGACGGUGAACGCGGCGGGGGCUGAGCUGCUGGAGUCCAGUCCCGGGGACGAGGCCAACCACCUCCGCGACCAGCUGGACCACCUCAACCGCGGCUGGGAGAACCUGCUACUCAAGACCCAGGACCGACAGAAACUACUGGAGGCCGCACUGCACCAGGCGGAGGGUUUCCAUGGUGAGCUAGAGGAGUUCCUGCAGUGGCUGAGGAGGACAGAGAGCCAGCUGUCUGCCGCCAAACCCACAGGUGGCCUGCCUGAGACGGCCCGGGAGCAGCUGCAGCAGCACCUGGAGCUCCAGACCCAGUUGGCCCAGCGCGCCGAGCAGUACAACCGGCUGCUGGACGCGGGAGAGUCCAUGUUGCUUUCCCGCGGGGGGGAGGAGGGUGGCCCCGGAGCUGGUACGACCCAGACCCAACAGAACUUGACCCUGCUGCAGAGCAAGUGGGCCAGCCUGAACACCAAGAUGGACGACCGCAGGGCGAAAUUGGACGAGGCGGUGUCGCUGGCCACAGGAUUCCAGUCCUCCCUCCAGGACACCAUCAACUGGCUGACCCAGGCAGAGCAGACCCUCAACAUGGCCCAGCCCCCCUCCCUCAUCCUGGACACCGUCCUCUUCCAGAUAGACGAACACAAGGUGUUUGUGAAUGAGGUGAACACCCACAGGGAGCAGGUGCUGGCCCUGGAGAAGGCCGGCUCUCAGCUGCGUUUCGCCAGUAUAAAGCAGGAUGUGGUUCUGAUCAAGAACCUGCUGCUGAGUGUUCAGGCCCGUUGGGACAAGCUGGUGCAGAGGUCCCUGGACCGUGGCAGACACCUCGACGAGGCCCGCAAGAGGGCCAAGCAGUUCCAUGAGGCGUGGAGGAAACUGUCUGACUGGCUGGAGGAGGCUGAGAGCCGGCUAGACUCAGAGCUGGAGAUCUCCAACGAACCAGACAAGAUCAAAGUACAACUGACCAAACACAAGGAGUUUCAGAAGGCUCUGGGCUCGAAGCAGCCGGUGUAUGACACCACAGUGAGGUCUGGUAAGGCCAUGAGGGACAAGGCCAUGCUGCCCGAAGACACCCAGAAACUAGACCACCUACUGGGGGAGGUCAGGGACAAGUGGGACACCGUUUGUGGGAAGAGUGUGGAGAGGCAACACAAGCUGGAGGAGGCCCUGCUGUUCUCAGGUCAGUUUGCUGAGGCCCUGCAGGCCCUGGUGGACUGGCUGUACCGUGUAGAACCCCAGUUGGCUGAAGACCUGCCAGUCCACGGAGACCUGGACCUGGUCUCCAACCUCAUGGACUCACACAAGGCCUUCCAGAAGGAGUUAGGGAAGAGGACCACUAGUGUCCACGCCCUGAAGCGCUCAGCCAGAGAACUGAUGGAGACGGGCCGCGACGACACCGCCUGGGUCAAAGUUCAACUGCAAGAGCUCAGCAACCGCUGGGACACAGUCUGUGCCCUGUCCGUCACCAAGCAGACCCGUCUCCAGCAGGCCCUCAAACAGGCGGAGGAGUUCCGCACGGCGGUGCAGCUGUUGCUGGAGUGGCUGUCGGAGGCGGAGCAGACGCUGCGUUUCCGUGGCGUGCUGCCCGAGGAGGCGGAGACUCUGCAGGCGCUCCUCCACACCCACCGGAACUUCAUGGCCACGGUGGAGGAGAAGAGGACAGACGUGAACCGGGCAGCGGGCCAGGGCGAGGCCAUCCUCACCGCGUGCCAGGCCGACUGCAUCACCACCAUCAAACACUGGAUUACCAUUAUCCGCGCCCGCUUCGAAGAGGUCCUCACAUGGGCCAAACAGCACGAGCAGCGUCUGGAGACGGCUCUGACAGAGCUACUCAACAACGCCACGCUAUUGGAGGAGCUGUUGUCAUGGCUGCAGUGGGCGGAGACCACCCUAGUCCAGCGUGACGGAGAGACCCUUCCACAGGACAUCCCUCAGCUCAAAACACUCAUCACAGAACACCAGGUGUUUAUGGAGGAGAUGACCCGGAAGCAGCCUGACGUGGACAAAGUGACCAAGACUUACAAGAGGAAACCAGCAGAGCCCCCUAGCAGCCUAGCUGAGAGGAGAGGAGCUCGUAAAAACCAGCAGCAACAACAGCAUCAACAGGCGGCGAUGCAGGUCGCCGGGGGCAAUCCCCGUCUGACCCAGCUCUGCUCAAGGUGGCAGCAGGUGUGGCUGCUUGCCCUCGACCGCCAGCGGAAGCUCAACGAUGCCCUCGACAGGCUUGAAGAGCUGAAAGAGUUUGCCAGCUUUGACUUUGACGUGUGGAGGAAGAAGUACAUGCGCUGGAUGAACCACAAGAAGUCGCGCGUCAUGGACUUCUUCAGGCGCAUCGACAAGGACCAGGACGGAAAGAUCACUCGCCAGGAGUUCAUCGACGGCAUCCUGGCCUCAAAGUUCCCCACCAGCAGGUUGGAGAUGACGGCGGUGGCAGACAUCUUUGAUCAGGACGGAGACGGUUACAUCGACUACUACGAGUUUGUGGCGGCGCUACACCCCAACAAGGACGCCUACCGGCCCACCACCGACGCUGACAAGAUAGAAGACGAGGUGACCAGACAGGUGGCACAGUGUAAAUGUGCCAAGCGCUUCCAGGUGGAGCAGAUAGGAGAGAACAAGUACAGAAUGGGCCAGAGCAAUUACAAGUUCUUCCUUGGAAACCAGUUUGGUGACUCGCAGCAGUUGCGGUUGGUGCGUAUCCUGCGCAGUACGGUCAUGGUGCGGGUCGGAGGGGGCUGGAUGGCCCUGGACGAGUUCCUGGUCAAGAACGAUCCCUGCAGAGUUCAACAUCCUGGACUUAAGAUCCUUCGCUCUGACUCCAGUAGCACCAUUUCAUCUCGUAUAGUGACGGUCACUCCUGGCUAUUUCUGCUGCAGAGCCCGAGGCCGUACCAACCUGGAGCUGCGUGAGAAGUUCAUCCUACCGGAGGGGGCUUCCCAGGGCCUGGCGGCGUUCCGUUCCCGGGGCCGGCGCUCCAAACCCGGCUCCCGGACGGCCUCGCCCACCCGCUCCUCCUCCUCAGCCUCGCACAGCGCACAUAGCUGCGCCUCCCUGCCCUCCACUCCCGCCACCCCUACCGCCUCCUCCAGAUCCUCAAACUCGCGUGGCUAUGCCAAGCCCUGGCUGGCACACAGUAAAACUCCAACGCCAACCAAGUGCCAGUCCUGCCCAGACCACGACCACACCACCCCUGGGCACGAGGGGGCAGUUUCGGGGUCCAAGCUGAAGAGGCCCACGUUCCACUCCAGCAGAGGGUCUCUGACUGGAGAGAAUGGAGGAGCGACACCUACUUCUACUAAACCUGGACGCACCGACCCCAGGCGUACCCCAUCGGGGGCCAGUGGUGCUGCCAGCCGGGCGGGCAGCAGAGCGGGCAGCAGGGCCAGCAGCCGGCGGGGCAGCGACGCUUCGGAUGCCUCAGAGCUCCUGGAGACGCGCUCGGCCUGCUCGGACACCUCGGACACCCCCCGGCGACCAGGAGCGGCCAAGCCCUCUAAGAUCCCUACCAUCUCCAAGAAGGCCCCAAGCCCCAAGACACCCACUUCUGGGAAGAAAUAGUGAAGGAGACGUCAAAAAGACGUCGUAAAAACGUCAUACAUCUAACUAUAGAGCUGGUUUGACUCCACGGGCUACCCCAGCCCCCCAAACACCAGCCAGGAUGAAAUGGAGAGGAAGAUGUCCAGACUAUAGAAUUAGAUCAAGUAGAAUGGACCGUCUCCCAUUCAAAGAGAUGCUCUAUAGUGGACAGACUACUGGCAGCCAUAUUGGGUGUCACAUUUGAUCCAAACAUCCAUCCAUAGGGCUUGCAUGGGAUUCAUGCACCAAGACUACUGUAUGGAGGGCAGGUAGAGAGGGGGAGAAAUAUCUUUCUCUUUUUCCCCGCUCUCGUACACACACUCGAAUACACUCACUGGGGGCAUCGAGGCCCGGGUUCGUGCACUUAGACUGGGGUGAAACAGGACAGAACUUCCCCCUUUAAAACCCAGAUCCCAGUUUGCCUUCCAGUCUCCUGUGCGCUCUCUCUCGUAACGGGAUUGUGCUAGACUGUUUCAGAGAAAGCCACAGCAGUUUGAACCGACAACCAACCAACAUGAUGCUGCCUUAUUUGUGUUGCACAUUUCUGUCCUUACUUUUACCUAAUCUGAGUUCCACAGAGCGUUAGGUAGAGCCUUGUAACUACUUUGUGUAUGUACACACUGACACACACACAACUGAAAUGCACACACACACAUUGAGGGUAGUGAUGAAAUGACUCAGAACUUACUGGAGAAUGGCACUCCGAAGAACUGGAUUGUGGGUAUUGUGGGAAUUGUUUCUCACCAGGAGUUAAACAGAAAAUAUCCAAUGACUGCCAUCUUGUUUUUUUACUCUCCUGGACUGGGAAGUGAAGAGGAAUGACACUUCAGCACGUCUGUGGGUCGGGAACAACGGGACUAGCGUGGAUUUAUGUUCAGUGUGUGGGCUGCCCCACUCUGACAACUUCCUGAACUUCGCUAACUGCCUAAACCUCAAGCCUAGGAGACCGUGGAAGUGGUGGGAAACACACAUACACACUGCAAUGUCCUCACACACCACUGCAACAAUCAGUGUGUUUUGUAGGUGGGAGGGUUUUGUCAUAUGGCCCCUUUAGUCUGAAGCUAACACUCAAAUUUAAAGAUGACUUCUUGGUGGGUCCCAACUAACAGCAAAAACGUGACAAUGUGUAACAAUGAAGUGGCUUGUAAGGACAUGCACAAUUUAACACAAUUUAAGCUACGCUUAUUCCAGAUUAGAGAUUGAAAACCGGCGCACACUGACGGUCUGUAUCGCUGUAAUUCCACUUCGCCCCUCUCCCUUCCGUUGCCGCUGGAAACCCCCAGAGCCACAAACGCAAACGUUUGUGUAUACGCGUGUCGUUGUUCCGCGUUACAGAAAUCAGAGGUCGUCCGUGCGCAUCACUGUAUGCAAAGAUUUGAUUUGUGAAUGUCUUUCUUUCAUUCUGGUUAAUUUAUAAUCCUGUUGUAUUUUUUUGUUUGUUGCUUUUCUAGCUGAAGAAAACAUUUGUAUUUAUUUUUCAGUUCUGUAUCAUCUCACCGGGGAGAAUGAUUAGUAUUAAGAUGAAUGAAGUCAUAUUUUGUACCAAGGAAAAUGUCCGCUCCUCUCUUCAACGUUGUAUGUUUCUACUUCUUCAUAACACUACUCGACCCGGAAGCUGAUUCCCUUGGCAGCCUUUUUUUUUUUGCUAAUGACUACAGCUCCCAGAACAUGACCAAAGGGGGUUGCCCUCAUUGUGUUGGCAAAAAAAAAUACCAAUAUGAAUGCAAGGGAGCUGAAGGGGCCAAUGAGAGAACCCCUAGUGUCCCGCCUUAUAGGCAUUUGAAUUGUCGUGUCUUUGAUGGCUGCAAAUGUGCUUCCCUGUUUGUUGAUGUGAGAGCUGAAGUAUAUGAAAACCUAAUGAACGCAAAUGACAUCUUAAGGUGAUUUUUAUUUAUUUAUUGUCCCGUUGGGGGUGGGGAUCCGAGUGCAGGAGAAGAACUCACCUUUUGGUGUUAUUCACAGUGUGAUGAAUAGAAAAUAUGGAGGGGGGGGCGGUUAGAAGUCAAUUGUGGAAAAUUAAAAUACAAGAUUAUAAACCCUUUUGUUCUCUUUUUGUAUUAAAAAUAUGCUUGCAGUAAAAAAGAAA